UUGGAAAUGGAGUCUGGGGGCGGGGUGCAGCAGGAGGGAGCUGAGAUGUUUGGAGGCUUUUUUUAAUAAAAAAAUAUUCAUUUAAAUAAAAAUGGCUGCCGUGGAGAGCGGAGAGGAGAGACUGGAGGAGGGUGAGGAAGAACCCGUCGACCUGCCUCCCUCUGUAGGGAGAGACGGGUUCCACAUCAAGGCCAAGAAGGCCCGCAGGGAGCGUCGCCAUGCCAAUAGGGGGGCAGAGACCGCCGCCGUGCUGCAGUCAGGGAUGGAGCCAGAGACCCAGGCCUCAGAGCCGGUGGCAGGCCCCUCGGAGCCCGAGGCUGAGUUGGCAGAAGACGGCGAGUCUGCGUCAGGUUCCCCCAGGCAGCGGCGCUCCAUCAUACGGGACCGCGGGCCGCUGUACGACGACCCGUCGCUGCCCGAGGGCUGGACCCGCAAACUCAAGCAAAGGAAGUCUGGCCGCUCGGCGGGAAAGUUUGACGUCUACCUCAUCAACUCGGAGGGAAAAGCGUUUCGUUCCAAGGUCGAACUCAUCGCCUACUUCCAGAAAGUCUGCGACACGACCACAGACCCUAACGACUUCGAUUUCACAGUCACAGGACGUGGAAGCCCGUCAAGGCGUGAGAAGCGCCCCACCAAGAAAGCCAGUGUGGCAAAACCAUCGGGGCGAGGCCGCGGGAGGCCCAAAGGCAGCGGGAAGAUCCGGCAGGCUACGGAAGGCGUGGCCAUGAAACGCAUGUUGGAGAAAACUCCGGGCAAACUGCUAGUCAAAAUGCCCUUUGGCAAGGCAGAGUCUUCCACUGGCUCCGCCGCUGCAGCUUCAAAGGUGGGGUCUCCUGCUCCUGCGCCCAAGGCCCGUCCCGGAAGGAAGAGGAAGUCGGAGCAGGAUUUUCCGCCUCAACCGCCGACCACCCCCAAGAAACGGGGAAGGAAACCGACCGCUGUCUUGACGUCAUCGGUGGCUGCCACGGCGUCUCCCCCCCCAACUGCGUCCACGUCAACAGCUGGGGGCUAUGCUGCAGGAGCCAUUUUAGCCAUGGAGGCCAAACGUCAAGUGGCCAAGGAGUCCUCCGCCAAACUGGUCGUCCAGGAAACCGCCCUGCCGAUCAAGAAGCGUAAAACUAGGGAGACGGUAGAGGAGGCGGAGUGCGCUGGGACUCCGGCCACCAACACAAAGACCGAAAGGAGAGUCGCCGGAGAGGGGGAGGCUGGUAGAGAGGAGGGAAGUCUGAUCCCAGCACCUCCGCCCACCUCAGAGCAAAGCCAAUUACAAUUGGCUUCAGAUGAAAGCCAGUCGCAUGGACUCAAGGUGCACAAAGGGAGGAAGCACAAGGAGAAAACAGGAGUAGGAGAAGGAGGAAGCAGAGGAGAGGAAGUGGAGGAAGACAUUGUAGAUAAGGGAGGAGAAGGAGGAGGAAUAAGUAGCAGCAGUAGCAUUGCCCCAUCUAAAAGCCACAAACGGAAGGAGCGGCCGCCUCACAAACACCACCACCACCACCACCAUCGCCACCAACAUUCCUCCGCCUCCACGUUAGACCAGCCUCAUCCGCCCCCUCCGCCCUCUGGCCAGUCCAGGCCCAAGGACAAGCCACACACUCACCCUCAGACCUCGCCAGACACUCUGCCUUCACGCCCUCAACCACGGCACCAACCGCCCCCCCGUUCACAGCAGCAUCCCAAGAUCCAGUCCGCCAGUCAGCUCAAAGACCAGCCUCGGUACCCAGGAAGCCAGUCCCCUCCUACCAGGCACGUCCUGCCCCAGCCACGGUCCCAACCCCCUCCAUCCCAAAUCCAGAGUCAGACCCUGGCCUGCCAUCAGAGAGCCCAUUCGCAGCCCACCCCCCCGCCUGCUCAGCACCACACCCAGCCCUCGGCUCAGCACGCACCGCCCCAGUCGCCCCCAUCCCAGUCCCCAUCCAUCCUGCAGGUUUAUCCACCCCAAAAGAGACAUCCACAUUCACAAACCCAGUUUCCAACCACUCUCCAACCGCUGCCUCAACUUCAGGCCCAGUCCAGGACCACGGCCCAACUCCAGAAUCAACUGCAGCUCAGAUCCCAGCCCACUACUCCAGCACGAACUGCGGCACAAACUCCGCAUGAACCCCAGUGCAGGACCCCAGCCCAAACUCCAACUCCAUCCCAAUCUAGGACCCAAGGCCCCACUCAGCAUCACCCUCAGACAAGGCAGCCAUUGCAACACCAAUCCCAGACUCAGUACAGUCCACAACCCAGACAGUCUCCCUACCACCAGCCCCCCCAGUCCCAGACACAACCACACGUCCAUCAGAUUCAAACCCAGCCCCGCCCUCAGCUCACCAGGCCUCACCGACCAUCUCCCAGCUCGGCUCAGCGGAACCAAAGCGAACAGCCCCAGGACCUAAGUACCACACGGGCCGGCCGGGGAAGCCGGGAGGACCGCAUGGAAGGCCUUGGGGGGGGCGAGUCGGCCACGGCCUUGGGAGCCAGAGAGGUUGUCGAAGAAGGAGGAGGUAGGGGGUCCAACAGCACUUUGAGGCCUACCGGCCCUGCACCAUCCGCUCCUCCCGGAGCAGCCGGGGUCGCAGAAGGCCUUCCAGACCUGGUCCCCUGUCCCGGCCGGGAGGAGACCGUGGAGACUCGAACCGCCGUGAGCGAGCAAGUCAGCUGAUCCGUUGGGACGGACUGAGUCAGUGCUGGGUACGAGGGGAGCUUGAUCGGGCCGCUCCGCGGGGAGUUAAGUGGUUUCACACGGUUUCAGUGAAAAGGAUUAACGUCAGGCAGAGCUGGGGGACUGUAGCAGCUCCUGGAGACUCUGGGGUUCUGGAGAGGAACAGGAGGACAGGAAUUGUCUUUUUCUGAAAAAAAGAAGAAAAAAAACGUGUUUAAAAAGUGUGUGUAAAUAUAUUCAAAAGGCAGCUGUUGUGUCCUGCUAGUCUGAGAGGGGAGGAGUCUGGACCUAAAACGCUUAACAACACUUUACUCCACUUUGCUUCCCAAAUAUAAAUCCGGUUUUGUUUUUGUUUUCAGUAUGUUUAUAGUUUAUUGCUGUGUAUCCGUUAUAGAGCUUUAAACUCUGUAGUUAUUAAACUGAUGGUCCUUUACUCAUCAACCUCCUGCUGACAAAGAGAGAGGCCGAUUAUUACGGUAGAAGUCAGCAUUGUUAUCAGUUGACCUUCGAACCCGCUGAUAUCUCCUCCUGGCUGAUGGCGUGCAGUGGUAGUUUGCACCUUAAAUUGGUUCCAUCAGAGAUGGAGGGCUGUAAUGUCUCCCUAUUCUUCCAGAAGAACUCACCCCACUUUGGAGUGUCUGUGUCUCAUUUCGUUGGCUGCAUCCUCAUGAGGACACAGCCUUGUCGUCUCCCUGGGCUGGGUCUUUGACGUCCGCAUAGACUGAACCAAGCGCUCUCUGAAAGGAGACGGUCUGUCCUACAGGGGGACUUCCUGCUUGCGUCAUCAGCUUUUCCACUGCCGCUCCUGUGGUCUAGCAACCUGCUGCCCUUCACAGUAAAAGCCUUAAAACCCCCCAAACUUGUAAAAUGCAGAUACAAAAGGUAAACUUCAUUUAUUUAUUAAAUGACAUUUUUAGACGAUUUGCUGCUCCUCCGGAGCAUGACAUAUUUCAGGCUGAGAGAAGAACCUUUUCUGGUGAUUUAAAAUUAAAAUGUGUUAAGUGGUAAACUUUUAGCUAAAAGUAAAAUUGCAAUCUGAAAGCAGAGGAAAUCAAUCCUUCAAUCAAUACAGUCAAUAAAAACCA